AUGACUAAAAUACCAGGAAAAAUGGCUCAACAUAAUGAACAAGUAAGUAUGCAUGUUGAACCUUUUACAGAAACACAUUCACGAAAGUUAUUUCUUGAUGGAAAAAGCUCUUUUUUAUUGCUGGGACCAAGCGACCGAACAAUUGAAGAUUUUGUCAUCAAAAUGACUAUCAACAACAAGAAGGAACUAAAAUUGGUUAAAAAUGAAAUUCGGAUUUAUUGGGGCAUUAAAUGGUCAUUGUAUCGACGACCAACGAUCGAAGUAAAAGCCCCCAAAUGA